UUUUAUUCAAGGACGUUCUCGCUGUUUAAUGGAAGAAGUAUACACAGAAGAGGAUUGCAAAUCUUCAUUGAAUAACCAAUGAAAGGAGCCUGGAAAAUACUGUUUCAACUAUUUUCUGUGAUUUUCCUAACAGUGGAACCAUGCAGUGGAACUGAAUUCCAAGACACAAGAAUUGUUCCUGAUAAUUCCAAUGGUACGGGUCAAUACCAGGACAAUAAUAAUGAAGUAGACUGCUUUUCAUAUGAAAAAUGUGACUUUGAGGCUGGUUUCUGUAACUGGUCUAUCGAUCAGGCAUCACCGGCCAGAUGGACCAGAAUGAAUGGCGACAGUGGCAUUGGACCGGAGAUUGACCACAGGGGAAAUCGAUCAGCUUAUUAUUUAUCUGUGUUGCCUGAAGAUGCUACAAAGCAUUUUGCAAAUCUUCAAAGUGUUGUUUUUCUUCCCACAAAGGAAAGUUGCCAGAUGAGGUUUUAUUAUCAUUUUGGCCGAGUGAGUGGAACACUAAAAGUUGAAUUGCACCAGCUGUAUCCUCACACCUUAACAGAAAUUUGGAAGCAGACAGAUCCACAGGAAAGCCAAUGGAACAAGGAAGUUAUCACAAUCAAGACCAGGAGCAAAUUUCAGGUCAUAUUUCAGGGCAAUAUUUUUGCCUCUAGUCAACCUAAUGAAGUGCUUGCUGUGGACGAUAUUUCUUUCGGUGAUGGCUGUCUCCCAGUACCAGAUCUUCACACUUGGGUUCCAACUUGUGAUUUUGAAUCUGAUCUAUGUGGAUGGCACUCUGCAGAAGCACAGAAUUCUGUUGUGUGGUUGUAUGUUCAAGCUCAUAGUAGCUCUUCGAAUGGCACAGCACCACUGAAAGACCACAGCACAGGCUCUUCAGGGGGCCAUUAUGUCUGGGUAGAAGCUAACAACAUCACAUUCUCCCAGACAGCUUUCUUUAAUAGUUCUGUGUACUACAACUCAGGGCAAAACUGCCAUUUUGAAUUCUUCUACCAAAUCAAUGGCAGGAAUUUACUCACAGUGCUAUUGCAAACCCAGGAGAGGGAAGUAAUACUGUGGGAAGAACACACACCAACUGAAAACCAAUGGAUCAGAGGGGAGGUGCAAUCUCUUAAUUGCCUAAGCCAGUUUCAGGUUACAUUUGUAGGUUCUGUUCAAAGUAGGACAGGAUUCUUGGCCCUGGAUAGUCUGCAAUUCCAUGACUGUGAAGAACCACUUUUAUCAGGAUCCUGCCCACCUUCAACAUUUACUUGUGGAACUGAUCACUGCAUUCCUAUGAAUUCAAUUUGCAACUUCCAGGCUGACUGUUGUGAUGGUGCUGAUGAAGUCAAAACAGUCUGCGCAAAUUAUACUUUGUGUAACUUUGAGUCUGGUUUUUGUGAGUGGAUGCAGCUACCAUCGAAUGGUUCUGUGUGGGUGAGAGGACAAGGCCGAACAUCCUCUGGGUUAGGAUUAUCUAUUACAGACCACACAACAAACACCAGCCAAGGAAUGUUCAUCUAUUUCAAAGCAACCUCAGAACAUAAAUCAACGCAUAUGAUUCAACUUGGCAUUCCUGUUUUAAAGAAUCAAUUAGUCGAUGGUCUUCCAUGUCAGUUAAGGAUCUGGUACCAGAUAACAGAAGGAGCUAACAUGUCUGUGUAUAUAAAAACCACAGCUGGAGGGCAAAUGAAAAAAGCUGCUGACCUUACUACACCAACAAACAAAGAGUGGGCAAAAGUAGAGAUUUCUGUGGAAGCCCAUGGAGCAGAGACCAUGGUACCUUUCCAGUUUCUUCUGCAAGGCAGUGUAUUGGGAAUGCCUAAUGCAUUUAUUGCUCUUGAUGACAUGAGUUUAACUCCAGGGUGUGUUGUAUCAAAUGCAAUGCUUCCUACAGCCUUCACAGAACAUAAAGAUUCAGUGUGUACUUUUGAAGAAAAUAGUUGUGGCUGGUUUGAGAAUUUAUCUAAUGAUAACUUUGAUUGGAUCAGAAGCUCAAGCAUUGCUUUACCUCCAAAUAUCAAGAAUCAGGCACCUGCUCAAGAUCACACAACUCAUACAGCUGAUGGACAUUUCAUGUUUAUUUUGAACAACGAGAGCAAUCUUUUUCAGAUUGCAGAACUGAAAAGUCCCCAGUUAAGUCAGUCAGGAACAGGCUGUACCAUGCAUUUUUGGUAUUAUAAUUAUGGACAGGCUGUGGGGGCAGCGAAAAUGUACUUGGUGAUCGAUGGUGUGCCAACUCGUACUGUGGUGUGGCGGACUUACAAUACUCAAUACAAUCAGUGGUUGCAAGGCUCUGUUCAGCUUGGGCGACUAACACGAUCCUUUCGUCUUACACUAGUGAAAGUCAGUCUGAGCAUUUAUGAUGGUGUGGCAGCAAUGGAUGAUAUCACAUUUGUCAACUGCUCCCUUCCACCAGCUGUAGAUAUCUGUGAAGACACUAACCAAUUCUGGUGUAAAGAGACCAGAGCUUGCAUUGACCGGUUACAAUUGUGUGACCUUAUAGAUGACUGUGGUGAUGGUUCUGAUGAAGACAACUGUGCUAAUGAUUUGCUUUGCAAUUUUGAAAAUGGGUCAUGUAACUGGCAGCAAGCUAAAGAAGAUGAUUUUGACUGGACUAGAAAUAAGGGACAAACAUCGACAAUCAACACAGGGCCAUCAAAAGAUCACACACUGGGGACAGCAGAAGGCACUUACCUUUACAUCGAGGCGUCUGAUCAACAAUUUGGAAAUACAGCUGUUCUCCUCAGUCCAAUCUUGGAUGCCACAGUUAACAAAACCUGUAUCUUCCGUUUCCAUUAUCACAUGUUUGGAAAACAGAUUUUUAAGUUGGCUGUUCACAAAAGGACAUUCCGCAACACAAAGGGAGAGCAACUUUGGGCACGAUAUGGUAACCAUGGUGACUUAUGGCUCAGAGAGAUGCUUUUUAUCAAUAGUUCACAACCAUUCCAGAUAUUAAUGGAAGGAACUGUGGGAGAUAACUUAGGAGGAGACAUUGGAAUUGAUGACCUAUCCUUUAUGGAUUGUUCGUUCUAUAAUGGUGACUUACCAGCAGCAGCUCCAACAACACCAUCAGGCCCAUCGAGACCUUUGACACUUCCACCUAAUAACUGCACAGCCAAUGAAUUUAUUUGUAAAACUAAUGGGCAGUGUGUUGACAUCAUCAAGAAAUGUGAUUUCAGGGAUGAUUGUUCAGAUAAGACAGAUGAAUUAUCCUGCGUCAGUAAGAUCUGUGACUUUGACAAUGGGAUCUCAUGUGGUUGGAAACAACAGACAGAUUCUUCAGCCACUGAAAAUAUUUUUCAAUGGUUCACUGGACAAGGUUCUGACAUACAUCCAGGAGAAGUGGGUAACAGGCCAUCUACUGAUCACACCACGGGCACAAAGCAGGGUUGGUAUCUUUAUGCUGAUAGUUCAAAUGGAGAAUUUGGUCAAACAGCUGACAUCAUCACACCAGUAAUAAGUCUUUCUGGUCCAAAGUGUAAACUGAGCUUUUGGUAUCACAUGAAUGGAGUUACAAUUGGGUCAUUACAGGUCUUCAAAAAAUUUGCUAAUUCGACACAGUUGCUCUGGUCGCAAAGUGGCAACCAAGGUAACCAUUGGAGGCGAGGAGAAGUGUUACUUGGAGUUCAGAGGAAUUUUCAGGUUUUCUUAAGAGCCAUUCGAGGUGUGAGUUAUAUGGGCGAUAUUACAGUGGAUGACAUUUCCUUUGAAAAUUGUUCUUCUAUUCUGAUCCCAGAGAGACAGUGCAACUCUGAUGAGUUUUCAUGUGCCAACAAGUAUUGUAUACCUAAAAGUCAGCUGUGUGACUUCAACAAUGACUGUGCUGAUAAUUCUGAUGAACAUCCAGUUAUCUGCAGUACAAUUUUGGAGCAUUGUGAUUUUGAAUUUGAUCUUUGCUCCUGGAGACAGUGGAGAAAUGAUAACUUUGACUGGAUUCUCAAAGUGGGAAGUACGCCAACAUUAGGUACUUGUCCAACAACUGAUCACACUCUAAGAAAUCCAACUGGUCAUUAUAUUUAUAUUGAAAGCCCAUUCUCGCCGCUACCUGGACAUGCAGCAAGGAUUUCUGGUCCAUCGAUUAGUAAGAGAAGCAAAGACUGCAAGAUUAUCUUCUAUUACUACAUGGGGGGAGAUAUUUUUGGAUCGUUAACAGUUUACCAAAUAACUCUCUCCCAUUAUCAAACAUUACUUUUUAAUUUGACUGGGGACCAAGGCCAUUACUGGCAGCGAGCUGAAAUCAACCUUAGUGCUGACGAGGACUUUGAGAUCAUGUUAGAAGGAUGGGUCGGAAAGGGGUCAAAAGGAGUCAUAGCACUCGAUGACAUCACUUUUACAAAGGAGUGCAUCAGUUCUCCCUUUGCAUUUCAUCCCGAACCAACUCUGCUUCCUCCAUCAGGACUCUGUCCACAAGGUUAUUUGGAGUGCCAGAAUGGAAAUUGUUACCAACCAGAUCAGAGAUGUGAUUUUGUGAAUGAUUGCAGUGACAAUACAGAUGAGAGAGAAUGUGGAACAUCCUGCACCUUUGAGACUGGACAAUGCGGUUGGAAAAAUUCCCUGGCAGAUAACUUUGACUGGAUCUUGGGGCAGGGUUCAUUUCAGAGUCUUCGGCCGGUGAACGAUCAGAGCCUAGGAAAUGAGAAUGGUCACUUCAUGUAUCUUGAAGCUAGACCGGGAGGUUUGAAAGGUGACAAAGCCCAUCUGAGAAGUUCAAUAUGGAAGGAAUCAAGUGCCAAGUGCAAACUGUCAUUCUGGUAUUAUCUGUCACAAAAGGCUACAGGUCUUAUAAGAAUUCUUAUUAAGACGGAUAAAGAUCUCACUGAAGUAUGGAACAUAACUGGGAACCAGGGUGAUAGAUGGAACAAGGCAGUGAUAUAUCUGAGAAAGAUACGUAACUUUGAAAUCAUAUUUGAAGGAAUCCGCACCAAGAAUUUUGGAGGUGGAGCAGCAAUUGAUGAUAUUCAGUUCAAGAGUUGUGCCGCAGAUUGGAGUUUACCAGGUUUCUGUGCGGCUGCAACCGAUUACAGCUGUCAAGAUGCCAAGUGUGUUGAGUCUGAACUAGUCUGUGACUACAAACCAGAUUGUGAAGAUGGAUCAGAUGAAUUUGACUGCUCACAGUUUGUUAAUAUUCCAGGAAGCUGCAGUUUUGAUAGUACAACUUCAAGGUCUUUGCUCACUGAAUGUAGCUUAAUGCAGAGGACUGAUGAUGAUUUUGACUGGACAAUAGCUAGCAAAAGCAGCACUGCAGGGACUGGUCCAGUAAGUGAUCACACACCAGGGGUUGGAGGAAUGUUUCUGUACAUUAAUUCUGCAGCUCAGCGUGAAGGUGACAUUGCAAAAAUAGCCACCACCCAGCCAUUCCCAGCAAGUGUUGGAGUCUGUCGCUUGCGUUUCUGGUACUAUAUUUAUGGUUCAAAAGAAAUGGGAACUCUGAAGAUAUACAGUGCCGGAGAACAUGGAAUGCCCUUGUUGAUGUGGUCAGUGACUGGGAACAAGGAGGACAACUGGAUUUAUGCCAAUGUCAUCAUUUCCAACAACUAUCCAUUUAACAUCCUAUUUGAAGCUGAAGUAGGUGGAGAUGACCUCACAGAUAUUGCAAUUGAUGAUAUCUCUUUUACCCUGGAAUGUGUUACUGGAGGACCACUUCCAACUCCACCAGGGACUUGUUCCCCAGAUGCAUUUCAGUGCCUGCAUUUGCAGGAAUGUAUCCACCAACAUUGGAGGUGUGAUGGUGAAGAAGACUGUGUGGAUGGUAGCGAUGAAUUAAACUGCCUAACUAUAACUCCUGGCACCCUGCCUCCUCAGGAUCAUUGUGGAGAUAAAGAAUUCCAAUGCUCCAAUGGAGAAUGUAUUCCAUCAUUGUUCAGGUGUGAUGGGGUUCCAGACUGUCCUUCCAAAGAAGAUGAACUUGGUUGUUCUGCCAUACACUGCUUUAAUGGUUCUUUGGUCUGUGGGUCCAGUGGACAGUGUAUCCCAGUAACACACCGAUGUGAUGGUAACAUUGACUGUCGAGAUUUCAAAUCAGAUGAAUCGAGCUGCUCAGAAUGUCCGAAUGCCUAUUGUAAAAAUGGAGGAACAUGUAUCAUUGAUAACAGAAUUGCAAUGUGCAAGUGUACAAGCCAGUGGAGAGGAAAUCGAUGCCACAUUCAGGUCAAACCAGCAGGAUCACUGAGUCCUGCUCCAGGAACAAAGGGCGGAAAUGUGUCCAUGUUGGCAGGACUGAUUGUUGGCUUGAGUCUAGUUGUGCUCAGUCUGGUAGCUGUUUUGGUCAUAAUUUCAAGAAAGAAACCAAGCACGAGGCUGUCGCCAGGAAAUAAAUGCAAAUCAAUAUCCAGUAUAACAUAUGGUGAUCAAAGGUCAAAUCUGAAUGCUGAUUUUGCUGUUGAGGACCUUCUGACUCGUCCAUCUAUCAGUGUUUAUCCCUGGCACACUUCAUACAGGCGAUUCUCUAACGUAUCAAAUGCCCCCACUUCCUUUUCCAACCCUCUGUACGAUGAUACAACAGGAAACAGGAAGGCAUCAGGAGAAAGAAUUUCUGGAAUUUUGCAAAUAGAAUCAAAUGAAUAAAUACCGCACCUACCUAGAAAAUUAUUAAUCUUAGAGUUGCAUUAAAUAUCUGAUUCUGAUGUUGAAAACUUUUUAUAUGAUUCUUAUUAUAAAUUUUUAAAAUGCCUUUAUGACAACAGCCAUAUUCUGAGUAAAUAAAUGAGUUAAACUUUC